AUGAUUUCUCGCAUCUGGCCGUCGGUCUCGAUUCCCGAGGUCUUGAUAUUCCUCUCCUUGGCGCUGCUUCUUGUCAUCUACCGCGCCCUACGUGUCCCUUCGCAUUUGCGACACAUCCCGACUGUGCCUCUAUGGCCUCUGCUAUACAGCUACUUGUCGGGGGAGGUCGAAGAACAACGCGUCAAACGGCUCGUACUGCCGUUCGCGAAGGCGCAGGGGACGGACGUUGUGUUGAUGUACUGUCUGGGGGACUGGAUGGUCCAGGUGGUCGAGCCUAAGGUUGGCAAACGGCUUCUAGAAGACCCGUCCAUGCGAAAGCAGCAGCAGCCCGACGACAUGCUCCUAUGGAGGCUCAUCGGACGCAACAACAUCUUCAUGUCCGACGGCGAGACGUGGAAGCGGCACUCCCGCAUUAUGCACGAGGCGCUGCGACAGACGGUCCCCAUGGAACGCUUCGUCUCGCUCGUGCAGACGACAUUCGACAUCAUCGGGGACGGCGGGCGCGUCUGCUGGAGCGAGCUCAGCCACCGCUACACGCUCGACGCGGUCGCCACCACAGUCAUGGGUUACGACUUCGAGGCGCUCGCGAAACCAGAAGGGUCUUUCGUGCAGAAGUACCACAAGGUCAUGGCGGCGAUCGCGAGCCCGGCGUAUGUUGCAUUCCCGUCAUUGGAGAGGUGGCUGCCCCGGCGGGCCGUGCGUGCGAUGGUGGACGACUUCAUCGGAGACUUCUGCACGAUCCUGGACGAGAAGCGCAGAAACCCGGGAAACGACGUCAUCACGUACAUGUUCCAGGAACCGGAGAUGACCCAGGACGACUUCCGAGACAACACCAUCGUUCUCUUUAUUGGAGGACAUGACACUACGGCGGGCGCGCUCUCCUCCGCCGUCUAUUUCCUCGCUCGAUACCCCGACCUCCAGGAGAAGGUUAGGCAGGAGAUCUUCGCCGUUUUGGGCAACGAGGAACCUCGCAUCGCGCACUUCGCGAACACCCCAUACCUCAACGCCGUCAUCCGCGAGUCAAUGCGGUACAACACCCCUACGAACGUCACCGUCCCUCGCAUCUCCGACGAUUCGCUGACGGUCGGAGAUAUCGUCAUCCCGCCCAACACGCCCAUCGCGCUCAACAUGGCCGCGGCGCAUCACAACGAGGAGGUCUGGCGUAGCCCGGGCGCAUUCGACCCCGAGCGAUUCCUCCGCAUUGCAAAGGACGACGCGAACAACUGGGUGUCGUUCGGCGUCGGCCCGCGCAGGUGCCCCGCGCGCAACUUCUCGUUGUACGAGCAGCGCGUGCUGAUCAGCAUGCUCCUGAGGGAGUACCGGUGCACGCUCCCGGAGGACUCGAUACACCGCGACCACCUCAAAAACGGCUUCUCGGCGUUCGCGCUCAGUUUGCCCGAGGGCGUGGACAUAGACUUUGCCAGAAUUGCCUGCUCGAAUACCCUUUGA